GUUAAGCAGAUUUUCAUCACUUAUAUGCGGCGAAUUCCAGGAUGGGGUCUCCGGUUCAACGACAUUUUCCAAAGUCUGGAUAGAAUAUACGUUUAGCAAUUUCGAGUGAGGAUAUCAGCAUAAUGAUGUCAGGAGCAGGAAAUGGACAGCUUUCAGUUCCUCCGGGGUUUCGUUUCCACCCCACAGAUGAGGAGCUUCUUUAUUAUUAUCUAAGGAAGAAAGUUUCCUACGAAGCAAUAGACUUGGACGUUAUUAGGGAAGUCGAUCUUAACAAACUUGAACCAUGGGACCUCAAAGAAAUAUGUAGAAUAGGAUCAGGUCCACAGAAUGAAUGGUACUUUUUCAGCCACAAGGAUAAGAAGUACCCAACAGGGACUCGAACAAAUAGAGCCACGGCAGCUGGAUUCUGGAAGGCGACAGGGAGGGAUAAGGCCAUCUAUCUUAGCAACUCCAAGAGGAUUGGGAUGAGGAAAACUCUUGUAUUUUACACCGGACGC